AUGUCGUGUACAAAUAAACAAACAUGCAGUCUUUCAAAACUGCGAGAAGUGCUAAAGCAAUAUGCAAAAGCUGCUAUCCAAACCCAGCCUCCAGAUUUGCUACAAUGGUCUGCAGAUUACUUUACUGCUGUGGCCCGUGGUGAUAUUCCUCCAGUAAAACAAGGACAAGAAAGGGGACCUUGGUCAAAAUGGAAAGACCUCACACCAGAGCUCUUAAAAGUCCUACAUCAAAGAGUGGGAGGGAGACUCAUAAUCAGUGCAGAUGAACUGGCUCACAUGUGGAAGUCACUGAAUCUCCCAAAAGACUUAUUCACGAGUGUAAUGAAUGUUGGGCAUUUUACUGAAGAAAUCGAGUGGUUGAAGUUUUUAGCCCUGGCAUGUAGUCCAAUUGGAGUGACUAUCGCAAAAACACUGAAAAUCAUAUGUGAGGUUUUAUCUGGUGAUCAUGACGAUGGACCCCCACGUAUUCCUUUUAGCACUUUCCAGUUUCUCUAUACUUACAUCGCUGAAAUGGAUGGAGAGAUUUCAGCAUCCCAUGUUAGCCGAAUGCUAAAUUACAUUGAACAGGAAAUCAUUGGACCAGAUGGCUUAAUUAAAGUGAAUGACUUUACACAGAACCCUCGGGUCAGGCUGGAAUAG